AUGGCGCUCUCCGAAACACCUGGCCUCUUGGAGUCUCUGCCCCCUCCGCACCGUCGCGCGACUGCGUGCAACUCUGCGGCGGCCGGUCUCGACUGCCUGUGCGUCUUCGUCCCGCCCUCGUCGGGCGACCCCAAGGCGCUCGAGCGGGCGCCGGCCUUCGAGGCCUUCGCGGCGUCGUUCUCCUCCGGCGCCGCGUCCUCAGAAGCCCGGUCGGCGUCUUCUGACUUCCCAGCUCACGGAGAGGGGAUUCUGUGGAGCGGGGACUCGUGCCCUGCACGGCCCGAGGAAUGGAGCAACGAGGAAUACGCAGCUGCGCUGGCGCGGCUGCGACGCCUCGUGGACGCGUCAGCCUCCGCAGCCCAGGCAGACGACAGCCUGAUCGGGGAGAAUCUGCUAAACGGCACAGGUGGAAGCCGCUAUGGCGCCUGGACGUGCCCUGGAACGCCCCCGCCGAAUCGGAGGUGGAAACACCAAGAAGAUGGCCGCAGACGGGAGACCCCGGGCGGGCUGCAGGCAGAACUGGAAGAAAGUGCCGGCGCGCUGAACAUCCUGACGCAAGAGGGAUUUCGUCUCCUCUACAGUCUCUCAAAGUGCUUCUCUCCGCCGUCCGACGGAGGCGAGGGCGACUCUUGCGGCUACUCGCGCGACGGCCUUGACUCACCUUCUUGCCGGCGCGACCGCGAUCUGCAGGCGAGCUUCUUGGAGCUGCUUGCGCGGGUCUGCUCGCAGAUCGCGACCCUCGUGGAGGCGCUCCCCAGUCGGCUUCGGCCCGACGGCCAUGGGCCCACGCUGCGGCUCCUCUGCGCGCGCCAGCAGGGCGGCGCUUCGGACCUGCGUCGCCGCCGCCGCGGUUUUGCGCAGAGCGAAGAGGACGGCGACGAGGAGUUCUCAGACGCGGGCGUUGUCGCCUUCUUUGGCGAAGACGGCGAGCGCGACGAGGGCCUGUGCAGCGCCGAGUCGCGGAACGGCGCGAGACACACCCACCCCCGCGCCUUCGCCUCUCCCCUCGUGGCCGGUGCCCUCGCCUCCGGCGUCACGGUGCUUGACGCCGCCCGCGUCCUGCGAUCGCUGCUGCUCUGCGGCGUCUUCUUCGCAGACUGGCUGGUCGGCGAAGCCUUGAGGGACAUCGAGGAAGGCCCGCGAGGCGACGGAGACAGCGAGCUGGAGCGAACGGGCCGCGGCCGAGGCGGCAGGCGAUUCGCCUCCAGCGUCCGAUCGAGGCACAAAAGCGACGGCCUUCCGGGCAGCGUGCGCAGCGCCAGCAGCCACGCGCGCACCCGGGGGGGCGCUGUCCCGAUCCGCGCAGGCAAGCGCAAGCGCAACGAGCAGAUGGAAGUCGACCUGGAGGAGACGUCCUCGCCGGGCGCCCCCGCGGUCUUCGACGACGACGAGGACCUCGCGUGCCUCGAGCCCCGCGACGAGGCCCCCUCCGCACGCCGUCGAGGCCUGAGCAGCGGCGUCGGCGUCCAGCUCGCCUCGCUCCUCGGCGCACUGAGUGAAAUCGCCCGCUCGCGCGCGGCAUGGCGAGCAUUUGACUCAGAUUUCGGCGGUGAACGAAAGGACGAAGACCGCCACCGAUUUUUCGUGCUUCGCGCGCUCAUGCGCCCGCUUCACGUGCUGUACGACGAAGAGAAGAUAAAGAGCCACGCCCAGCUGCAGGCAGUCUUCCUCGCAGAAGAUGGCGUGGGGGAGAAGCUGAGGACGGUGAUCAAGCGCUCGCUGGUGGCGCUGCUCGAGACAAUUGAGACGCGGCGCGAGGCACAGACGCUGGCGCGCCGCGAGGUGAAGAAGCGCCAGCGCGAAGAGGAGGAACGAAGGAAGGCGGAGGAAAAGGCCCGCGUGCAGGAGGAACUGCGACGCGAAAUGCAAGAUGUGAGUGAGGGAGAAGACGGCGCCGAGGCCGAGAAAGACGCGGAAGACAACGAGGGCGGGGAGGGCGAGGGAGGCGACGAGUCAAAAGCCAAGGCGGAGGAUGAGCAGAAGAAAGAAAGCGAGGCCGAAGAUGACGACGGCGAAGACGACGAAGAAGAGGAAGGGCAACUCUCCUGGCGGUCGCAGCUCAACAGCAUCCUCUUGCAGCCCGAGUGCAAAGCCCUCAUCGAAGUCCUGACUGCGCCAACGCUUCGCCGGCGACGCCUGCCUUCACUGGUGCUGCGUGAGCUGACGCAGCAGCUGAAGGAGCAGCUGCUGCUGAGUGGUGGAGUGGAUAAGGCGACGGCGGCGCAGAAGAAGAGUUUUUCGUGCGCGGCGACGAGUUUGGAGUGCUUCGCCUCGCUGCUGCCACGUGUCUGGAUUAGCGAGAAAGCGACGCUGCUGCAGCUCUUCGCGGCGGACGCCUACCAUAUUCGCAAGGCGCUUCUCGAGUGCCUCAAGGCACUGCUUCUUCGCGCGCACCGCGUAGUCGACCUAGAAGAAGAAGAGUGCGACGAGGGCGGCGACGGCGGCGACGUCUCUCAAGCCGCACGUGAGGGCGACACCUCCGAGACGGCUGAGGUGGCGGAGGUAGCAGAGGAGGCUGAGGAGGUGGAGGACGAAGAUGCGAACGGGCGGCCGCGCCGCGAGCGAGGCGGGAAGACGCCGAGCGCGGCUGCCGACGGCGAAGAGGAGAAGCUCCUUCGAGCGGCGACGCACUGGGGCGACGACGACGGGGCUUCCGCGCCCGCGGGACCCUCCCGCGACGCGCGGCUGGAGGCGUCUGCGGCGCAGCGGCUGCAGCGCACGCGCGCCUUUUGGAGCGCCGAGCGCGCGUCGCUGAUUCGUGAGCUGCUACUCAGGCUCGACGACCGCACCCCGCUUGCGCGGACGUGGGCGCUGAAGGUUUUAGCCGACCUCAUCGGCGAGCAGGAGGCGCUCCCCACGCUGUUUGUUGUCCAGAGCGCGCAGAAGGCGGUGCGACGCCUCCUCGAUAAAAGCACGCUGGUGCGAUCGGCGGCAAUCGGCGUCUUCUCUGCGCUGAUUCACCUAGCCGUGAAGCAGCAACGCGCAGGCUGCAGGGAAAGCCCCGACCAGCCCUUCCUCUGGCUGCUGGUAAACGGCGAAGAAGAGUGGGACCUCGUCAUGCAACGCGUCAAGCAAAGGAGAAAAGAGAGGCGCCGCAGAGAGGAGAGGAAGAGAAGAGAGGCGGAGAAGAAACGCGACGCGCACUCUGACGAGAGCGAGGUGGAGGCUGCUCAGGCGAGCGCGUCGGACGAACAGGGAGACGCUGGAAAGGCAGCAGACGCUGAGGAACCCCGAAAGGAGGAAGCCGGAGAGGAGGCAGAAGUCAUGGACUUCGAAGACCUUGCUGUGCAGGCCGAAGAGGCCCUGCGCAAAGCCGUUGACAUCUGCCAGGAGUUGCUGUUUUCGCGGAGCGAAGGCGACCAGAAGGCUUCUCUGCGGUUUUUGAUCGACUGCUGCCUGUUGCUGCAGCUGCGGCGGCGGCGUCUGCUGCCGGCGCUGCAGAAGGCGCUGCGCCUGGCGUUCUCUCGGAGCGCAGUUGUCGCGGAUCUCCUUCUUCUCGAGUUUUACCGGCUUUUCUUGGAGCCGAAGAGCCUGGAGGAGCAACAGAUUAUCCUCCGCGACCACUUCGCUCUGCGGCGCGCACUGGCGCAGCACGAGGCCGUCGCCCUGGCUCUCCAGGACGCGGCGGCCGAGCGCGGGCGCAGAGACGGAAAAGGCGCGGAGGAGAAGGGCGACAAGAGGCGCGCGAGGGAGCAGCAGCAGAGCAAGAGCUUCGCGUUGGCGCUCUCGGCGAUCACCAAGGGCAGGGGGGGGCUGCUGGGCGGCGGGGGUCCGCCGCUGCGCCCGCUGGAGAAGCUGCUGCUCCACACGGAGAUCAGUCCGACGGUCAACGGCGUCUUCCGCUUCGGCGCCGGCAGACUGUUGGAGCUCGUUGAGGAAGGCGACAUGGCUUGUCUCGCCUGCAUCGAAAAACUGUUCUUCCUCACCCUCUCCAAAGAAGGAGGCUGCUGCGAACACCGCGCCGCUCUCAAAAAAGCCGCAGACGCCCUUUUCUCCAUUGCUAUGCAACCUAAUUUCCUUCUGGGCCGCGACGCCACGCCGCGCUGCGCGCUGGGGCUGCUGCGGCUGCUGUUCCAGGCGAGCCGGCAGACGGCGCACGCGGCGUCGCACGGGGCCGCUGGGGUACUUUCGGCGCUGCCGUCGGAGGCGUCGCUGGGCACGCCGCUGCUGCGGCGGAAAGACGAGGCUCCGACUCGCGACGCAGUCGCGGCGCUGCAUCGGCUGUCAAACGGCCAGCUGCUGGCGCUGCAGGGCGCGAUCGUGAGGCAGCUCAAGGCGCCCGCGAGCGGCGCCGCGACCUCGGCGCGCGUGCGGCGUCUGCGCCCAAGCCCUGCGACCUCGGACGGCGGCGUGCGCUUCUUGAUCGUCGCAGAACUCUGUAGAAUCCUCGCCGCGUCGCUGCCUGACCGGCGAACCACGAAGGCCGCGGUUGUCGCCCUCGAGGCACUCAUGGCCCACUACGGGACUGCCGACCCCAACUGGUUUUCCGCCGCUCAGGCGGUGAUCGACGUGACGUUUGCGCACUGCGCGCGGCCUGAGGAGCUGUGGUCGCAGCUCCUCUCUCACCUGUUGGGCCAUUUGCUUCGCGCCCCGUCCUCUGCAGACGCCGGGGCUCCUGCGUCGCGGCCGCCAGGCUCCUCCACUUCGCUGUCGUCGUCUCUGCUUUCUCAGCCGUCGACGCCCUUCGCGUCCUCCGCGCCGGUCUCGGCCGCCGCAGUCCUGCCGGCGGCGCCCUGCCGGCUGCCUGCCAGUCUGUGUGUCCGCGAGCCGUCGCUCUACCAGCUCGCGCAUCUAGUCUUCCUCGCGGGUCACGUGGCUCUCCGCAUUUGCAUCCUGCUGGAGCAGCAGCAGUCGGACGUGAAGCAGGAGCGCUCCGAGAUGCAGCGGCGAGCGAUGAACCGCCGCCAGGGCAAAGGCGAAGUGGAGUCGCGCAAGGGCGAAGGCGAGGCGACGUGCGGAAAGAAAUUCCGCGGCGAGCAGGACCCCGGCGCCGACCCCGCGAGCGAGCCUGAGGAGGACGACGGCGCGGCCGCGGCCGCGCGACAAGGCGGAAACCGCAGCGACGCAGCCAUGCGAGAAGGUGGAACGGGGGCGAGAGGCGACGACGACGACGGCGAGCUGCAGACCGUGGAGGGCAACAUGGGCAUGCAGACGCGCGAAGAGGAGGAAGCCGAGCUGUUCACGCACAUCCUCGAAACACAGAUUGUUGGCGCCGGGCUUCUCGGCAGGCCGCUCAAGCGUCUCAUCCUCGUCGCCGCCCUGGAGCCACAGCGCCUCCUCGCGCGGCGGCCCUCGAGCGAAGACCGACGGCGAGGCGGCGCGCCUGGCGACGCGCAACCUCGCAGCGAGGACGCCCUGCGCGGCGCCAACGGCGGCGUGUUCACGCCUCUGCGCAAGGCCCAGACGCCGUCUCUGCAUCCGUUCGCAGCGACGCCGAGGUUGAUUGCAGGCGCUCCACGCGGCGACGAAGAGGCGGCGCACGGGGCGGGCCGCCAACCCGAAGGCGCCUCCUCGUCUUCUUCGUUUUCCGCCUUUUCUGCGCUCUCGCCGCUCUCCUCGCUGGAAGACUCGCCGAGCCUGGCGACUCUGCAUGCGGCCGCGGUCAUCGCCCUUUGCAAAUUCGCGACCAUCUCGCGAACCUUCUGCGAGUCGCGCAUUUGCAAAACGACUUCGGUGCUCCACGCACUCAUUUCGCUCCUCUUUAGCCAAGCGACGAAGACUCCAAAUGCAUCCGCAGUGCCUUCAGCGGCGCCGCCGACCGCCAAGGGCCCGUCGCCCGCCGGCGUGUUCGCGCAGGCCGCGUUACAAACUCCCUUUCCAACGAAGGAGAAGGAGCCCGCUCCGAGCGGCAACGAGACGACCCAGCCGCUCAAGGCAGAAUACGAAACGCAACUCAUUCCUUCCAGCGUCUUCGAGGCGACGCCGCUCCCAGGUCGGCGCCUGGAGAGAGAGGAACCCGAAGCGAGCCAGACGCGGCACACAGGCGAGGAGGCGACUCACGACAAGAAGGAGAGAGUGCGGCUGCCCUCUGCACUGCGCCAAACGCUCUUGGUGUGCUACGCAGAUCUCACCUGCCGGCAUCCGAACGUGCUGGAGCCGUAUAACGACGUGGUUUUUAACAUUUUGGUUGACGGCGACGCGCGCGUGCGGCUCGCAGGCGUGCAAGUCUUUACUCACUUGGUGAUGAACGGGAUGGUGAAGCCCAAGGGGCGGCUGCUGGUGCUGAUGCUGCAGCUCCUGCGCGAUCGCGACGCGCGCAUCUGCGCCGCCGCGGAGACCUUCUUCUACGAAGUCGAGCGGAAGGGCGGACACGCGAUUGUGAACAGCCUGCCGGAGCUCCUCGGUGCGCUGGCUGGCGCCGGCGACGACGAGGAUGCGAGUGCCGAGGACGCAGACGCAAGCGGAGAUUCCGCAGAAUCCGCCAGCGAAGCGCCCGUGCAGGAGACGGACAGCGACGCCAGCGAGGCGGAUGAACAGGAGAGAGAGGAGGGAGAGGAGAGAGGGUCGCGACAGAAGGCGAGGGACAGCGAUGUCGCCGAAGGCGACCCUGGAGAGACGGCGAAGGACAAGGAGACGCGUGGGGUCGCUGGCAGCGCGGAGGCGAAGAAGCGAAAGGAGCAAGAGAGACUCGUGACAUUUCUGCUGCAGUUCGUGAAGCAUCACCGGCACAGCGAGGCGCUGAUUGAGAAGUUUUGUCAGCGUAUUGCGGCGCUUCCCAUCCCGAAGCUCGCGCUCUCAGAGGCGUCGCUGGGGCGGGGGAGUCAGAGUCAGGCGAGGGGCUCGGCCGCUGCGCCCUCGCCGCCGCUGUCGCCUUCGCGCGCGGGGAGGGGCUCUCGGGGCGAUGCAGAGCGGGCGGCGUCUGCGCGUCGGGUGUAUUUCCAAGCGAUAUCGGCCGUCUGCUUGGCGUCGCCGAAUCUCGAGAAGGCCCUCCGCCGCCUCGCCUCUUCGUUUCCGCUGCUGCGGUUCGCAGUCGCCGCGCGGGAAGAAGGCGGCGGCGAGGAGAUUCUCAAAGACUUGCUGCGGCGCGUCUCGAUAAAAAUAUCGGGGCGAUGGGGCGGCGGCGCCAGCGCGCCCGCCGGUCGAGGAGGCGACGCAGGCAAGGCAGGCCGCGGCGACGAGGAGGCGGCGACGGGCGACGGCGACAGACCGGGCAGCGCGGGAAGCCCAAGUGGCGGCGCUCAGGACGUCGCGCUGAUUCGCGAGGUUGUCGAGGAGCUGCAGAAGAAGCUGCAGGCGGCGACAGAGGACGCCACUGAGAAGCCGCCGGCCGAGGAGGCGAUGCUGGCGGAGGGUCUGGACGAAUUGAGCGACGGCGAGGAGACCGGACGCAACGGCCGCAAGGCGACCGGCGCCGACGCCGGGUGGGACGAGGCGCGCGGAGAUGCAGACGAGGCCGGCAGCGUAGGCGUCGCACCGGAGGCGGCUGCGAGGGAAAAGAGGCCGAGAGAAGAAGCCUCUCGAGACGACGCCGGAGAGGCCGCGCCGGCGUCGGCGCGCGCAGGCAGACUCCGCUGCAACUGA